AUGUCCUCUUCAGCCCACUUCCCCGAUUCCCAAAGCUUCCAACAACAGUCCAAUGAAUUCGUCUUUUGGCUGGAAGCAAAUCCAGGUGUCAAGGUCAACCCGAAGAUUUUCCUCGCAGACCUAAGAUCAAGCGGCGAAGGCCGAGGUGUCGUGGCUCGGUCUAAUAUCUCCGAGGGUGAAGAACUUUUCUCGAUCCCGCGCACCCUAAUCCUCGCCGUCCAAAAUUCCCAGCUGAAGACCCUGCUCCCUCAGGAUCUUGAGGCCCUCGGUUCUUGGCUUUCACUUAUGCUAGUUAUGAUCUAUGAAUAUCUGCAAGGCGAUCAGUCAAGAUGGGCACCUUAUUUUCGUGUGCUACCCACACGGUUUGACACGCUUAUGUUUUGGUCUCAGGCGGAAUUGGCGGAAUUGCAGGCUAGUGCCAUUGUUGACAAGAUCGGCAAGCAGGGUGCUGAUGAUUCUAUUCUCGGCUCUAUUGCGCCUAUCAUGAGGGCGAACCCUAAUCUUUUCCCGCCUAUUAAUGGACUUUCCUCGUAUGAGGGCGAGGCUGGUACUGCGACGCUGCUUGAGCUGGCCCACGUUAUGGGGUCGCUCAUCAUGGCUUAUGCUUUCGAUAUUGAGAAGUCCGAGGAUGAUGAUGAUGAGCCCGAGGAUGAGAAUGAUGGUUAUAUGACCGAUGAUGAGGAUGAGCAGCUUUCUAAGGGCAUGGUUCCGCUGGCUGAUCUUCUGAACGCGGAUGCGGACCGGAACAACGCUCGUCUCUAUCAGGAGGAGGAGGCUCUGGUCAUGAAGGCCAUUAAGCCUAUUCAGGAAGGAGAAGAAAUCUUCAAUGACUACGGAGACAUUCCUCGCGCUGAUCUGCUUCGCCGGUACGGCUACGUGACCGACAACUACGCCUCAUUCGAUGUGAUUGAGUUCUCUCUUGCGGACAUUUGCCAAGCAGCCGGUCUUCCUAAUAGCGAUGUUGAAUCUCAGCCUAGACUUCAACUCCUCGAGGAGCACGACCUUCUUGAUGACGGCUACGUAAUCCCUCGCCCAUCCCCAAAUGACACCUUAGAGGACAUCCUCCCAAUGGAGCUUGUCGCCCUGCUCACCACGCUCUGUCAGUCUCCAGAGGAAUUUGAGCAGCGCCGCUUAAAGAACAAGCCUCCCAAGCCUUCCAUGGACGCUCCGCAGGCCGGUCUCCUCCACAGGCUCCUCCAGACUAAGCAGUCGCAUUAUGCCACUUCUCUCGCCCACGAUAUGCAGCUCCUGUCGAGCUUGACUUCCCCACAGGCCCACGGCGCACUGGAAGUUUCUUCUCGGCGCCUUAUGAUGGCUCUUCAGGUCCGCAUCGGAGAGAAGGAAAUUCUUCAAACUCUCCAGGGCAUGCUUAGCACUUCUGCCAGCAACGGGUCCUUGAAACGAUCUGCCAACGGUGAUCAUGACUCGAGACAGUCCAAGUCUGCGCGAGUCUAA